ACCAAAUAAAGCCACCAAACCCAAUCCUCUUCAGCUUCCUCGCUUCUACCACUCUCCAUCUAUCCGCCCCUUCCUCUCUAACCCCAGCCGCGUAUCACAUCGGAGAGAGAGAGAGAGAGCAUAGGCAUACUCAAUGGCAGCAAUGGUAGGAGCAUCCACAGCAGCAGCAAAGCUUCUUCUAUUCACAUCAUCAUCUCCCUCAACAAGCAGCAGCAGCUGCAACAAAAGAGCAAACACCUCAUCUACACCUCUCCUCUCUUCCUCAUUCACCAAUUCCUCCUCUUCACUACUUUCUAGCAUUAGCAGCGGCUGUGUUCAAUGGUGGACAAGGGCAACGCCAUUGACGAGCAGGCCGAGGAGACUGCCGGUUGUCCGUGCCGCCCGUGGCAAGUUCGAGCGCAAGAAGCCCCACGUGAACAUUGGCACCAUCGGUCAUGUCGACCACGGCAAGACCACCCUCACAGCCGCUCUCACCAUGGCCCUUGCCUCCCUCGGCAACAGCGCCCCCAAGAAGUACGACGAGAUCGAUGCCGCCCCCGAGGAGCGGGCCCGUGGUAUCACCAUCAACACCGCCACCGUCGAGUACGAGACAGAGAACCGCCACUAUGCUCACGUCGACUGCCCCGGCCAUGCCGACUAUGUCAAGAACAUGAUUACUGGCGCGGCCCAGAUGGAUGGAGCCAUCCUCGUUGUUUCGGGGGCGGACGGGCCCAUGCCCCAGACCAAGGAGCACAUCCUGCUGGCGAAGCAGGUCGGGGUCCCCAACAUGGUGGUUUUCCUCAACAAGCAGGACCAGGUGGACGACGAGGAGCUCCUCCAGCUUGUCGAGCUCGAGGUGAGGGAGCUCCUCUCAUCCUAUGAGUUCCCAGGUGAUGAUGUCCCCAUCAUUUCGGGCUCCGCCCUUCUUGCCCUCGAGGCGCUCAUGGCCAACCCCACCAUCAAACGCGGCGACAACUCUUGGGUCGACAAAAUCUACGAGCUCAUGGAUUCUGUUGACAGCUACAUACCAAUCCCCCAGCGGCAGACCGAACUCCCAUUCCUCCUCGCCGUUGAGGACGUCUUCUCCAUCACUGGCCGUGGCACUGUCGCCACCGGCCGUGUUGAGAGGGGUACCAUCAAGGUCGGUGAAACUGUUGACCUUGUUGGCCUCAGGGAGACCCGCUCAACCACAGUCACUGGUGUCGAGAUGUUCCAGAAGAUCCUCGACGAGGCGCUUGCUGGCGAUAAUGUUGGAAUCCUCCUUAGGGGUAUACAAAAGGCCGACAUCCAGAGAGGCAUGGUCCUAGCCAAGCCUGGCACCAUCACCCCCCACACCAAAUUCACUGCCAUUGUCUAUGUCCUCAAGAAGGAGGAGGGUGGAAGGCACUCACCGUUCUUUGCUGGCUACCGCCCCCAGUUCUAUAUGAGGACCACCGAUGUCACAGGCCGGGUCGCCUCCAUCAUGAACGACAAGGAUGAGGAGUCCAAGAUGGUCAUGCCUGGGGACCGUGUCAAGAUGGUUGUUGAGCUCAUCAUGCCCGUUGCUUGCGAGCAGGGGAUGAGGUUCGCUAUCAGAGAAGGCGGCAAGACUGUUGGGGCUGGGGUCAUCCAGUCCAUCAUCGAGUGAUUGAUUGCAUCAGUCUUUCCUCCUCAGAACAACAGAAAUGAUGCUGAAUUCGGUCGGUAAUCUCUUUUAAACAAGCCAGUGAAAAUUCACAAUUGCAUCCAUGUUAUAUAGGUUCACCUUAUACUGUUGUUCUUCCUUUUUGUCUUUUGCUGUGAUUUUGGUUAGGUAGUUAAACUCAUGAUGAAUUUAUGUAAUUGCUUCAGAGAUUUCAUACUCUUUUUUUU